UCGCUUAUUUACAGCGAAUAUCAGUCGAGUUAGAAACCCCACGUGUUCACUGCCCUGCGUCAACAUGGGGAAAAGAAGGAACAACAAGCAACUUUUAACUAGUCUGUCCAAAAAACAAAAGAAACAUUUAAAAGAAUUUGGAGAGGUGCAUCCAUUCGAUGAUGUAGUCAGUGAAAAGUCUGAAAGGACUCAAGUAGUGGAACUGGUACCCAGCCCAGAACACUCUGAUGCUGAGGCGGAGCAUCUGGAUGAGGAAGAGGACGAACCAGAGGAGAAAACAGCCUAUCAGAAACUUCUGACAACACUCAACCGACCCAGUGGUGACGACCAUAGCGAAGAGGAGACCACUGAUGACGAAGAAGAGGAGGAUCUUGGUGUAGAAGAAAAUAGCGUUGACAAAGAGGAUGGUAACGAUGAUGAUGAUGAUGGUGAAGAAGAGGAGGAACCAGAAGAUUCAGGUGUAGUUCUAACUCAAGCAUCAGAAAGCGAGAAAGUGGUGCAUGAAGGAGGUGAAGAUUUCAUUGACAAGGAGCAUGAGUCCCAAUUCUGCCUGGAGGGCAACUUAAUUGGUGAAAGAGGACAAGAGGACAUUGGUGAUGUUGACCAGGACAAUGACAUGUAUUUCCAACAUUUUGGCACGGAGCUGAGUGAAGACGAUAUGCAAAAGAUUACAUUAGGCACUAAACCAAACACUCAGAUCAAGUGGCCAAAAAUGGGAUCGCUUUUUUGCACCACUCCCUUGGAGACAUUUGGUGCUCUCAGCUCACACAAGGACCUGCCAGCUUUCCACAAACUCUUGGAAACCUCUUGUAGUAACACCAAAACUCUCAACUCCAAGGAGGAAGCAGAGGAAACCAGUGCUUUUCAGUUUGAGCUUUUGGCUCUCAUGGGUACAUAUAAGGACCUCUACUACCCAGAGAACUGCCCUUUGAAGGUGGGCUCGCAGGUUCGAAGCGCUUACUGCCUCCACGCUCUCAACCACGUGCUGAAAGCCAACUCUUUGGUCCUCACUCACAACGCUCAGCUACGAGAGCAGCAACAGGAGGCUAAGAAGGGAGCAGAGCUAGAACAUGAACUGAGAGAUCAAGGUCUUACUCGCCCCAAGGUUCUAAUACUGGUGCCAUUCCGAGGCGUGGUGCUGCAAAUCAUCCAUAUUCUCAUCAGCUUGCUGGAGAGCAAAGGCAAGAAGGUUGUAGUCAGCAACAAGAAGAGGUUCAAAGAUGAGUAUGGAAAUGACUCUGAUACCAAACCGAACAGACCGGACGAUUACCACGCCAUUUUCCUUGGCAACGUGGACGAUCACUUCAGGAUGGGCAUCUCCAUCAUCAGGAACAGCAUGCGCCUCUACGCCCCUUUUUACUCCUCAGACAUCAUCAUAGCCUCACCACUGGGCCUCCGCACGGUCCUGGGAGUUGAAGGAGAAUUUAACAGGGACUUUGACUUCCUGUCCUCCAUCGAGAUGCUAAUAGUAGACCAGGCUGAUGUCUUCCUCAUGCAGAACUGGGAACAUGUUUUGCAUGUGAUGAAGCACAUGAACCUGCAGCCACUGGAGUCUCAUGGAGUGGACUUUUCAAGGGUUCGAAUGUGGAACCUUAACAACUUGGCCCAACAUUACCGACAAACGCUUGUAUUCAGUUCCAUCCAAGACCCACAGAUCAGCAACAUCCUCAGCAAACAGUGUGCCAACUACCGCGGACAGGUUUCUGUUAAGAACAUCCCCAAAACAGGUUCCAUCUGCCAGGUGUUGGUCCAGCUGCCCCACGUCUUCCAGAUGUUCUCCUCUGAUAGCUUCAUAAACCACAAUGCACGGUUUCAGUACUUUGUUGACAAAGUGCUGCCUCAGUACAGAGACUCGGUUAUGUCGCACACGCUGGUCUACAUCCCCUCUUACUUCGACUACGUUCGACUGCGCAACUACAUGAAGAAACAGGAGAUGAACUUUGCGAGCGUGUGCGAGUAUUCCAGUAAAUCGGAGGUGAAUCGAGCAAGGCACUUCUUCAUGAAUGGAGAUAAGCAGUUCAUGCUCUACACAGAACGCUUUCACUUCUACAAGAGAUAUGUUAUCAAAGGAAUUCAAAACUUGGUAUUUUACGGGCUGCCCUCCUUCCCGCACUUCUACAGUGAGGUGUGUAACAUGUUGGCGGCGGGUGGUCAGGGAGAAGUAACCAGCUGGACGUGCACAGCCCUCUACUCCCGCUUCGAUGCCCACAAACUGUCUGCCAUCACUGGUGCGCAGCGAGCCGGACAGAUGUUGCAUUCGAACAAGAGCGUUCACCUCUUUAUUACUGGAGAAGAUCAAGCCAGUUAAAUCUGGGAGAACCAUUGGACUCAUUACAGGACUGAAAGCAUCAUUUUUAAAAGAUGACUCAUUGGAUGACUCAGGUUUGUGAUCAUGACAUUGUAUCUGUAGGUAAUAUGCAACUAUAAUUGUUUGACAUUUGUUUAUAUUGACACAUGUGGUGUUUUAGACUGCAAUAAUGUUUAAUUAAAAACACUCAUGUCUA